UGGUAUUUAGUAUAUCAUACAGUUAUAGUUUUAAAGUACACGUUGUAUAAUGGUGAAUGAUAAGAAAGCCUAGGAAUGAGUUGCCCAACAGCUUUGACAGUUCUAAUAAAUUAUUUAUAAGUGAUUUUGUAAAGUGGUGAUGAAAACUAAAACCCGACUGCGAUCUCUUAAUCAACACUGAAAUAUUACACUGGCGCAUAGACAUAGAGCUGCAGACCCCAGAUUAUAUAAAAGCUACGAUGAUAAUUAAUACAUAAAUGGAAAUUCCUGAACAAUUAUUUUGGAAAUAUUUACAUUUUGUGUGAGUUGUUUUAACAAAAAGAACGUUAACCAGACGGAUAAUCGUCUGGUAACGGAGAGUUGUGGUCAUGUAAAGUGUAUGGACUGUCUUCUUCAUGAGAAAACCGGUUGUGGAGCUUGUAUGAGAAAUGGUUGUGAGAAAGAAGUGGUGGCAAAGCAGGAGGUGCUUAAAGCCCAGUAUAGUCCAGUAGAGAAGGUUAAGACUUUCACCGUUCCUGUGGAAUUUGAAGAGCUCUCCCAAGAAGAGCAGGAGCUGUGCACGAAGAAGAAACUGGAAAUUGCACACAUAAAAAUUGAAAUGGAAAGUGGCAAAAAAGCUUACUUUUGUACAGUAUGCAAGAAAAAGUUCACAGCUAGAAGCCAAGUAUCGUACCAUGCGUACUGCAACGGUCAGAAGAAACCGUAUCACUGCCAAGCUUGCAAACAGAGCUUUGCCUCCCACUCCCACUAUAAGUAUCAUUUGAGAACACAUAGCCAGGAACGCACGUACAGCUGUGAUGUCUGUGGUCUGGCCUUCUUCGACCCAUCUAAGCUCAAGAGACAUGCGCUUAAACAUACCAAAGAAAAAAAUUACACAUGCAAGGAAUGUGAUAAGGCUUUCAACAACCUAACUGCUCUGCGCAAACACACCCUGAUGCAUACGGAGGAGCGGCCAUACGAGUGCGCCACGUGUAGGCGACGGUUUCGAGACAGCUCCAACUAUAAGAAGCAUCUCAACAAGCAUAAGAGACAAUGCCACACUUGCGGGGAAGAGUUCCAGGCAGGGGAAGGCGCGGAGGGGCACCAAUGCGCGGGCGCCGCGGGCCCGCGCCCGCACCCGUGCCCGCGCUGCCGGAAAUCCUUCCACUCCAAAAAGGACAUGCGCAGGCAUGCCGCCACGCACUCAGAUUCCAAACCAUUCCGCUGUAAAUUAUGCCCUGAAGAGCGUCGUUUUAGACGAAAGGACAACUUAGAAAGACACGUGAGAAACGCGCAUCCUGACUGUUCGCCGUCCGCCGCGCUAGAGUGCGACAUGUCGGCCCUCCAGAGCAUAACGGACGCUGGCACCGAGAUCUACGAGAAAUCCGAGAAAAUCCGACUCGAAAUACUCAACCCCCUCCCACCGUUACCUCAAGAAGUCAUCAAAAAACACAUCGACGACGUGAACCAAGAGCCAGACGUUAAAAUAAGUGAAAGUGUUAUAGAAGAGAAGAUUAGUGAAACCAGUAAAACCAGUGACUGUGUAGUGGACAAAAAGUCGAUAAUCGAAGCGAACAACGCGCGCGAAAGUGUAAUAGUCGAAAAGAGGAAUACAGACAAUGAAAAAAAAGUGCCAAGCCCCGAGAACGAGUACGUUCACAAAAUCCGCAAAGCCAUAAUACCUCUACCACCCAUAGAUCAGGAGAAGUUCCGAAGUGUUCAAAGGGGGCAUUUACCUGGUAGUGUUACUAUAGCGCCGAUUAAGAAUAUGGAAAUCUAUAAGAAGAUCUUGUUUGAGAAGGUGGAAAAAGACACAACAGAGGUGAUACAGAAUCCAAAAAUGCAUUGGAGGAGGAAAAUGGAGCAGGAUAUCAAUUAGUAUAUAAAGAAAAGGCUGAUAUGGAUAGCAAAGCGAUCCUGACUGGUACAUUGGUAAUGUUUUGUAUGCACUUAUUUCUUAAGAUAUUUGUCUAUAGUCUGAUGUAAAAUAGUGUAAACUAUUGUUUAUUUACAAUAGUGACAAUUAACAGGCUGGCUCCUUUUUAAAUUAGUUUAUUUAUUUUUAAAAUGAUUUAAAAUACAUACAUACAUACAUAAUUUAUUAUAAUUUUAAACUUCAAUUUUGGUACAUGAAAAAUAAAAAUAAAUAAAUAAAAUACAUAGUAUGCAUGAAUUGUAGUAUUUGCUAUACGCCAUGAUUUUUCAGUUGUCCUACAAAAAUGAAUAUUGUAUUUAAUUAUACCUACAUACAAGGUUACCUUGAAAGUAUCGAUUAAUAAAAUUAAUUAAACUCUAUUGUUUUCCAAAUAAAAUGGAUUUCAAAUCAAUUGUAAUAAAAAAAGAAAGCAAGUAAUAAAGAAAAUGAGUAAGUGUAAUUUGUAUAAAAUACAUACAUACAUUAUGUAUUUUACACAUGCAUUUUUAAAUUUUAAGGUAUGAAUGGCGAGGGUGGCAGGGUGAAAAGGUUUUGUGAUAUACAAUCGAAAUAAAUAUAAUCAUGCUAUCUGUAGUCUGUCGAUAUGUUACUUGGCAACAUUGUUAUCUGUCAAGAAGAACCAUACAGUUUUAGGCAAAUAAUAAUGUUGCUAAGAGCGGUUACGCACUCAUCCGAUCCGCAUCCGUGAAAAUACGGAUAUAAAAACUCGGACCGAACUCGGAUAUUGCUUCCGCACUAAUCCGAUCUCUGAUCCAAAGCCAAGCUAUUCAGUGGACAUCUGUGACGUAUCUACGUCAUACAUCCGAUUUGAAUCCGAGGCACAUCCGAGGUAUUCUCACGGAUGACAGAGUGAACUCGGAUGACGGAAGUCGGAGCUAGUGCGUGAACUACCAUACAAAUAGUUCUAUGACUACUUCGAAACGUAUUUUCACGGAUUCGGAUCGGAUACAGCGUGUAAUCGCCCUGAGUAACUUUUAGUCAGAUAUGUUGAUGCUCGCGACUUUGUCCGCGUGGACUUAGGUUUUAAAAAGCCCCGUUGGCUAUGGAUCAAAAAACUUUUUCUAUUAAACUUACAGGAGUAAUUUUUUUUUCCUCAAAAAAUGUUUAAUAUUAAUGGGCUGGUCCUGUAAGUACCUAGUAAAACAACAAUUAUAAUAAAAAAGUCUUGUAAAGGUUUUUAUGUAAUCUUUCGAAUAUAGACUUCAAGCUUUAUGUUUCUCCUAAACAGUAAAGAAAUUAUUACCAAAAUAAUAAAUCCGAAUGAGGGGCCCCUAUUUUUUUCAAUUUUUAGGGUUCUGUAAAGGCGAACUUGUCUGUCUGUCAAGAAAACUCUCAUCUAGAUGGCGCAGUCCGUCAUUAACUUGCAAUGUUGCACAUAAGUGUUUAUAAUAUCUUGUACGAUGGUACGGAACCCUUGCCCGGCUCGAACUUGACCGGUUUUUCUUAAAAAAAAUCAUUUAAAAUAAGCGAGGUAUGAAGAUCAAAGUUUAUCCGCUCGAAGUUUCUGUCAGAAUGGGUUGCGUGCCUAGUUACAAAACCGCAGAUGACGUCGUCCGGAGCGUAAUUACAUCAGGCCUCUCCAAGCGCACGUCCAUACCGCGCGAAUGUGUCUUGAGUCUCGACCAAUCACUUUGGUUAAAUACGCAUCUGUUUAGGAAAGAUGAAAAGCAUUAGUAGUGGUGGUAUCAGAUAGUUCAUUUCUGUCUUUCACUCGGCAUCUUUUACUCUAAAUGAAACGUCUGAACACAGAAUGAAUACAAAAUGACAAACAUUCACUCAAUUGAACCUUCACUCCGAAUGAAUCGUCUGAUAUCACUUAUACGAAACCCUCAAAUGUUGGGGUUUCAUCAAUAAAAUGUUCCUGUCAAGUUAUCACAUCGAUGUUACCAUAAGUAUAGCAAGAUAAGUUUAUAUGUGUAUUAUGACUAUUGGCAAUGUUUGAAAGACUGUUUCUGAAGUAUUAUUUGUAAAAAUACUUGAAUAAAGUUUGAAUUGAAUUUUCGGUACGGAUUUUUUUUGGCGUUAUUGAGCUUUGGUCUGCCAAAAAUUGUGAUAAAUUAAAUAGGGAUUCACUUCACAUUCACAGAGAGAACAUAAUAUCUCGGGCAUUUUUCGCGAUAGAAUUAUUAUCAGUAUAUAGAUUUUUUUUUGUCUCACCUUGAUCUGAACUGUGUGUGUACUUUUUUACUUUCUUUUCUAGCUUUUACCUGAAAAUUGAUUAUUUUACUUGAAAUACUUAAUUUACUUUAGUUGAAAUUGAAGAAGCAUAUCGUCGCUAAAGUGCUAUUACCACGUAAGUCAUUUUUCGGCGGUUUUGACAUGCUGAUGCACUUUUUACAGAACCGAGAUUUUCGUCGUUUCCGCCUAUUAGAAACAAGAAAACGUUCAAUAAAAACUCUUCAAGGAGUAAUAAAAACAACGGCAAAGAAAUACACAUUCUGUAAAAAAAAAUCAGCUCUCUACUUAUUAUGGUUCACGAGAUAGAGCCUACUGACAGACAGAUGGACGGACGGACGGACGGACAACGGAGUCUUAGUAAUAGGGUCCCGUUGGCACCCUUCGGGUACGGAACCCUAAAAAUGUAACAUCACAAAUCAAACAUUCCAAAGCUCUGGAAAUAGCAAGUUUCUUCACUCUCAUGUAAAGUUGCAAAUGACUUACACCGUAUUAGUGUUACUUACUACCUGAGCGACGAUAUGUGACGUCAUCAUAAAUUCAAUAUGGCGGAUACUUAACAUGCGCGCAGUUUGCGAAUAACGCCGAUGGUAUAUUAGUAUGUAAACGUAGACUGAUCGCGAUCUCUAUCUCACAUUGAUCUCAACAAUUUAAACGUUUCUUUCUAAAAAUGUUAGAACAAAAAGCUUUUGUUUGAAUUACUUGAAAUAACUUGCAGUGAGUGAACAAUGAACAUAUGUAUACAGGUUAUAACCAGAAAGCUAGCAAAAACGAAGAGAGGUUAUAGUACUGAUGAUUACUGAUAAAAAUACCGAUAUACUGAUAAUAAAACUACGAUAUGUUUUUUAAUCCUGUAUUUUUGAAAGUUCACAAUAUAUUGCAAAUAAAACAUCUGGCUGACGCUAGAGGUCAACGACAGUUCAGUAAAUAGGUCACUCGAAGUCAAUGCCGCGUCGUAGGUGGGGCAUUGACCCGAGUUUUGCACGUUAUAAAAUGCGGGUUUGAAAAAUAAUAAAUCACUAAAUCUACAUGAUAAGGUUAUUAGCAUUGGAUUGUGUUAAGGUAUAAAAUAAUAAUAAUGAGUUUUUGCUAGCGUUGUGGUUACAUUCUGUAUGAGUGAUAUUUUACAAUAAAUUGAGAUUUAUAAGCAUAUGGUCAAUUUUCUACUUCAAUGCAUCCAUUUGCGGUGGUCGAUAUGUUUCCUCAAAUCAACUUUUCGAAAAGAUGGUCCAUUGAAAUGUUAUGCCAAAGAUAGGUUGCAUUGGAGAGAGGGAUUGUUUCAACUUUCAAUGGGUCACAGUACUACCACUUUUAUGUCGCAUCGGCAAAAUUCGUUUGCGCAGACAGAAAAGCGCAACUAACGCCGACUGAAACCGAAUGUAUACCAAUGAAAUACAGACCUUAUUGCUUGACGUUAAGAUUUUA